AUGUUCUGCUUGUCGUCCUUGGUUGAUCGUCGUUGCAACCCCUUGCUGAAGCCCCUGGCACAAUAUAUUCACUUGCCAGCAUGUCACAGGGGCGGGUUGUCCGACAAGGUCAAGCAAUGCCUCCACAACAUCACGCUGGUGUUGGCCUCGUCGAUCAGGAAGCGGGCGCAGUUUGAGAACCCUGCUGACGACAACAUCAUGUUGUACACGGACGCGUCUUUUUCACACGGAUCCGGCUGGCUGUCAGCAGUACUAGUUUGGGCCGGGCAGUUGCUGGUCCGUCUUCUCCACGUAAGGGAGUCCGAUGGUGGCGGUGUCCGAGGAACAGGCGGGGGAGGGGGAGGCGGAAAAACAAAAACAAGAAUUACCGGGAGGAGCGAAUGA